GCGCGUGGGGCGGCGCGUGUUGACAGCGGCGGCGGCGGCGGCGGCGGCGGAGCCCGGCGGGCGGCGGGAGUCGGCGCGCCUGGUUCCUGCUCUUGGUGUCGAGGCGGUGGCGGACGGGCGUCCGGGGAUGGCCUUCAUGGAGAAGCCGCCAGCCGGCAAGGUGCUGCUGGACGACACGGUGCCGCUGACAGCAGCCAUCGAGGCGAGCCAGAGCCUGCAGUCCCACACGGAGUAUAUCAUUCGGGUGCAAAGAGGAAUAUCAGCAGAAAACAGUUGGCAGAUUGUUAGGAGAUACAGUGACUUUGAUUUGCUGAACAACAGCUUGCAGAUUGCAGGCCUCAGUCUACCUCUUCCUCCCAAAAAAUUGAUUGGUAACAUGGACCGUGAAUUCAUAGCUGAGAGGCAGAAAGGUCUGCAGAACUAUCUCAACGUUAUCACCACAAAUCAUAUCUUGUCUAAUUGCGAGCUGGUUAAGAAGUUUUUAGACCCAAACAACUACUCUGCAACUACACUGAUUGCCUUACAGCAAGUUUCCAUGUUCUUCCGAUCAGAACCAAAGUGGGAGGUGGUAGAACCGUUGAAAGACAUAGGUUGGAGGAUAAGGAAGAAAUAUUUCUUGAUGAAGAUUAAAAAUCAGCCAAAGGAACGGCUAGUGUUAAGCUGGACUGACCUUGGUCCCGACAAGUUUCUGUCAGAUAAAGAUUUUCAGUGUCUAAUCAAACUUCUGCCUUCCUGUUCGCACCCUUAUAUCUAUCGGGUCACCUUUGCCACAGCUAACGAAUCCUCUGCAUUGCUUAUUAGGAUGUUUAAUGAAAAAGGAACUUUGAAGGACCUGAUCUACAAGGCAAAACCAAAAGACCCAUUCCUAAAGAAGUACUGCAACCCUAAGAAGAUUCAGGGCCUUGAACUCCAGCAAAUAAAAACAUACGGACGGCAAAUAUUAGAGGUACUGAAGUUUCUACAUGACAAGGGAUUCCCUUAUGGGCAUCUUCACGCCUCCAAUGUGAUGCUCGAUGGUGACACUUGCCGGCUGCUAGACCUUGAAAAUUCCUUAUUAGGCCUUCCUUCUUUCUACCGAUCCUAUUUCUCACAAUUCAGGAAAAUCAACACAUUGGAAAGCGUGGACGUCCACUGCUUUGGCCACUUACUGUAUGAAAUGACUUAUGGAAGACCGCCAGACUCAGUGCCUGUAGAUUCCUUCCCUCCUGCACCGUCUAUGGCUGUGGUGGCCGUGUUGGAGUCCACGCUGUCUUGUGAAGCCUGUAAAAAUGGCAUGCCUGCCGUCUCCCGGCUCUUACAGAUGCCAUUAUUCAGUGAUGUUUUACUAACCACUUCUGAAAAGCCACAGUUUAAGAUCCCCACAAAGUUAAAAGAGGCAUUGAGAAUCGCCAAAGAAUGUAUAGAGAAAAGACUAAUUGAAGAACAGAAACAGAUUCACCAGCAUCGAAGACUGACAAGAGCUCAGUCUCACCAUGGAUCUGAAGAAGAAAGGAAAAAGAGAAAGAUUUUAGCUCGAAAGAAGUCAAAACGAUCUGCGAUUGAGAACAGUGAAGAGCAUUCAGCAAAAUACAGCAACUCCAAUAAUUCAGCAGGAUCUGGGGCCAGCUCACCUCUCACAUCCCCGUCGUCACCGACUCCACCCUCUACAGCAGGGAUGUCUGCAUUACCUCCACCUCCUCCGCCGCCUCCGCCUCCACCACCAGCAGCUCCCUUGCUUCCUGCGAGCACAGAGGCGCCUACACAACUCCUGCCCCAGGCUGUGAAUGGUGUGAGCCGCGGAGCCUUACUCAGCUCCAUCCAGAAUUUCCAAAAGGGAACUUUGAGGAAAGCCGAAACCUGUGAUCAUAGUGCUCCUAAGAUCGGCUAAAGCUUCGUGUUUACAUUUGGAGGGAAAAGUUCUUUGUUUUUUCCUCCCACCUCCAGCCCCUGAAGUACUCUCUUUCCGGAUGAAUGAGCCGGGACAGCCACUUGCUGUCUUGCAGAUGCUCCUACAAGCAGCUUCUCAAGAGGGAAAUAUUCAAAUAGAAUAAA